GAGGAUGACGAUGAAGAAGAUGAUGAUGUAGACAUGCUUAUUAUGCAACGUCUGGAAGCAGAAAGAAAAGCAAGGCAGACUGCUAUGCCAGCAAUCUCUGUUCUAGAUUUGUUGCAGGAUGAGGAAAGAAGAAGACAACAACAACUGGAAGAGAUCCGCAAAAGAGAAGCCGAAGAUCGCAUACGACAAGAAGAAGAACGUCGCCGCCAAGAGGAGGACCGAACAAAACGGGAAGCUGAAGAAAAGAGGAGGCAGGAAGAGGAGUACUACAACCGUUUGGAAGCAGAGAGGCGCAGGCAACAUGAGGAGGCAGAGCGGAGAUUACUAGAGCCUGAAGAGCCUGGUCUGUACAGACCUCCACUCCCAAGGGAAUAUGAGCUCCCAUCCCCACCCCUCCCGUCUAACGCUCCGCCUCCCCCACCUCAGCGAAACACUUCUUACCUCAAAACACAAGCUCUGUCACCUGACACCGUUUACACUGCCAAGUUUGUUGCAUACACUGAUGAUGAGGAAGACACAAACCUAGCAGGAUCAAAUUCUUACACUGGAUCAUCAAGUACGAUAGCUGGGAACAAUGAAGUGUAUAGGGAUCCAAGAGAC